ACAGAAACUGAUGAAGUGAGGAAAGUUUAUGUACCGGACUUAGGCGAUGAUUCUCAUCCAAUAGAUGACAUGACUUUUUGCGUUGGAACUUUUCCCGCUGGAAAAAUCUUCAACAAUAAAUGGCUGGUUCUUGAAGAAAUAUCUUCAAACCGACAUGGAGUGGCUGCUUAUUACGUGGUGGAAGAUGAUGAACAUAAAAUCCAGGUUAGAAUCUGA